GUCUGUCUCGGCUCGGCUCGGCUCGGAGCGGACCAGCAGCAGUACUAUCGUCAGUAGUAAACCUGUGUGUGACCGCGGAGGAAACAUGGCGGCUCCUGCUCUCUCCAGUCGGGCUGGCUCGGCGGGCAGCCUCGGGAACAGCCCCACCAUGGCCUCCGGCAGGCUGCCGCACGGCGGCGGCGGCGUCGGGCCCGAGCUCGACUUCAGGUCGGCGGCCCGCAUGGAGGACCUGAACCGGCUCAUCCAGGAGUUCAGCAAGCACGACCAGCGGGAGUACGACGACCAGCGGGCUCUGGAGAUCCACACGGCCAAGGACUUCAUCUUCUCCAUGCUGGGAAUGGUCCAGAAGUUGGACCAAAAGCUCCCGGUGGCCAACGAGUACCUCCUUCUGUCGGGAGGAGUUCGGGAGGGUGUGGUGGACAUGGACUUGGAUGAGCUGAGCGUCUACGCCCGUGGCACAGACUACGACAUGGACUUCACCCUGCUGGUCCCGGCGCUCAAGCUGCACGACCGCAACCAGCCGGUGACCCUGGACAUGAGGCACUCCGCCCUGGGCCACUCCUGGCUCAGCCUCCGCCUCUUCGACGAGGGAACGAUCAACAAGUGGAAGGACUGCUGCACCAUCGUGGACCACAUCAACGGGACCACCAACUACUUCUUUUCUCCGACACUGGUGGCCGACUGGUUUUACCAGUCCAUCUCCCUGGUGCUUUUGGAGGUGCAGAAGAAGCCGCAGAGAGGGAUGCCGAGAGUGGAGAAGGUGGAGAGGAACGGCACCAUCAUCUCCAUCAUCCUGGGAGUUGGGAGCAGCCGGAUGCUGUACGACAUCGUCCCCGUGGUGUCGUUUAAAGGCUGGCCGGCGGUUGCUCAGAGCUGGCUGAUGGAGAACCACUUCUGGGACGGGAAGAUCACCGAGGAGGAGGUGAUCAGCGGCUUCUACCUCGUCCCCGCCUGCUCCUACAAAGGCCGCAAGGAGAACGAGUGGCGCCUGUCCUUCGCCCGCAGCGAGGUGCAGCUGAAAAAGUGCAUCUCGUCUAGCUUGAUGCAGGCGUACCAGGCCUGUAAAGCCAUCAUCAUCAAGCUGUUGUCCCGUCCCAAAGCCAUCAGCCCCUACCACCUCCGCAGCAUCAUGCUGUGGGCUUGCGACCGUCUCCCUGCCAACUACUUGGCACAGGACGACUUCUCCGCCCACUUCCUGCUGGGCUUGAUCGACGACCUGCAGCACUGUCUCGUCAACAAGAUGUGUCCCAAUUACUUCAUCCCCCAGUGCAACAUGCUGGAGCACCUGUCGGACGAGACCGCCAUGCUGCAUGCCCGCAAACUCUCCUCGGUGCGCUCCGACCCCGCCGAGCACCUCCGCACCACCAUCGAGCACGCCAAGGCCGCCAACCGGCUGACGGUGGACCUGCAGUGGCGAGGCAGCGCCAACAAUCUGCCGUCGCCGCAGUCCGACGCGGGCGGAGAGAACCAGCCGGACGACCGGCUGGCCAAGAAGCUUCAGCAGCUGGUCACGGAGAAUCCGGGGAAGUCCAUCUCGGUCUUCAUCAACCCGGACGACGUCACGCGACCACACUUCCGCAUCGACGACAAGUUCUUCUGAGACUGAGAAACGUUCUCCCUGACCUCCUCUUCCUCCUCCUCCUCCUCUCUCUCUCUGCCUUUCUUCUCCUCACCUGGUGCCCCCGCCUCCUCUGAAACUUUAUUUUUUACAUUUUUUUAUGUUUCUCUGCCACAGAGUGAAGUGAGGUGAUCGUCUAGUUGUGUCUGCCACAGUUUCUUAUUUUUUUAUUUUUAUUUUUCUAUUCCCUCUUCCCUCUGCCCCCCCCUUGUUCACUGUGUGCCCUGUGUUUUUUACCUGCUGAAUGCCUUUUAAAUAGACAGCUGAAUAGCAGCAGGUUGUUUUUAAAACCGAGGGAUGAGGAGAAAAUCCACCUUAAGACGGCACCGCUGUUUCUUUGUUACAGUAGUUUAAUUAUCAGGGAUCCUGGAAAUGAGAUAAAAGCAGCAACUCCUGAAGGCGUCACAGAAGCCUGUUCAGAGUAUACUUCAGGUUCACUGAUCCAGUUAGAGUCGUAGUAGCUAAUCAGGUAACAUUAAGGUAGUAUUUUCCACUUCACAGUAUGAUGUAGUCACGGCCAAGUGUAAAAAUAAAACCUGUGACACAUAUUUUUAAUUUAAACUGUAGCUGGUAUAUUCAAAAUCUAGAAAAAAUACUCUGAUUAAAAGUCAGAGCGAAGAACUUUUGAUACAGAAAUUCAGUUUCACAUCUUCUGAAGAAUCUGAAGGUUCAAGUUACAGUAAUAAGUAGUAAAUUAUUAUGAAACUAUGUGAACGAUUAAUUAUGACGCGUCCAGUCAGAGUUCUGAGAAGGUUCCCUCAUCUCAUGAUCGUGACCGUGAUGGAAAGUCUGCACUGUGAGAUUCGCUCUGCAUUGUUAAAGGAUAACUUUUGUUUUUUACAACCUGGACCUUAUUUGUAGCAUUA